AUGGGAAACCUCAGUCGGACCCUGCCAAUACUCUUCCUCUGCUGGACGACUGUCCUAGCGACACUCCCCGCCUCAUAUGAUGUUGUCUGGGAUAAACCUGGCGUUAACGGCUCAGCCGACUCUAUGCCUCUUGGUGGCGGUGAUGUUGGCCUAAACACUUGGUACGAGAAUGGCACUAUCCUCAUGUACGUCGCCAAGAGCGGGACCUUUGACGAGAACAAUUCUCUGCUGAAGCUUGGUCGUGUCAGACUAUCCUUUGAUCCCAAUCCAUUUGACAGCAAGUCAUUCGAGCAGAGACUACUACUUAACGACGGUUACGUCAAAUAUACUGGCGAAGACAAUGCAACUGCUAAGAUUUGGGUCGAUGUCUUCAAUCCCGUCGUGCACGUUGAGGUCGAUAGCCCUGACAAGAUUGCCGUCAAGGUCGCCUACGAAAACUGGCGCUACGAGGAUCGCCCCAUUAUCAAUGAGGAGCGUAACCAGGGUUCGUGGGGCAUCUACACCUCCAAGAUCGCAAAUGGCACUACCUACGCCGAUAAGAUUGCCUUCCAUGAGAAUGGGGUACUUAUGAGCCAUCGUAACGAGAAGCUGGAUCUCUGGAACUUUCAGAUGAAACAGCAAGGACUUGAGAAGCACUCCAAUAAGAUGUACAACCCCAUGCGCGACAAUGAGUUUGGUAUCUUUGUCCACUCCGAGCAAUUGGAACCGGGUGUCAUCACAAAUGGUCACUACAUCAACACUACUUACAAGGCCUGGAAUCUUGAGACAAAAGCACCUAGCAAAUCUUUCAAGGUUGCGCUCUCAAUGUACCAGGCUCAGAACAAGAGUCACGAUGAGUGGUACAAGGGUCUCAAGAAGGUCAUCAAGUCUGCAGUCAAGAACACCCAGGACGCGACUCUUGCCUGGUGGCACGAAUACUGGGCUCGAUCUUAUAUCAUCAUCAAUGAGGAAAAGGGUGAGAAGGAUGCAGGCUUUCAGGUCGGUAAGAACUACCAGAUCUGGCGAUACCUAAUGGGAUGCAAUGCAAAGGGCGAUUGGCCCACCAAGUUCAACGGUGGUCUUUGGACUUUCGAUCCUAUAUAUGUCAACAUUUGGCGUCCCUACACGCCCGACUAUCGCCGUUGGGGCGGCGGUACCUUCACUGCCCAGAACCAACGUCUUCUCUACUGGCCUCUUCUGCGCUCUGGUGACUUUGAUAUCAUGACUCAACAAUUUGACUUUUACAAGCGCAUCACUCCCAAUGCCGUUCUUCGCGGACAGGUUUAUCAGGAUAUUGAUGCUGCGUAUUUCUUGGAGCAGAUCGACAACACCGGCUUGUCAAACGUGUUCGAGUACAAUGCUCAAUGGUACGAUGAUGAUGCGAAUACCCCGCGACCUGGCUUCUUCCCGGAUGGUGAGCUCUGGAAUGUCUGGCUGAACCAUGUGCAGGACACGGCAAAUGAGUUCGCCGAUAUGAUCUUACAGGCCAAUAUCUACUCUGGCUUCGAUGUCAAGCCAUACCUCGAGUUCAUAGAAUAUCAACUCGCCUGGUUCGACAAGUUCUAUACUCGCGAAAUGCAGAAGCGCAACCCCUGGCCAUUAACUGGUAUGGCCGGCAAUGAAUCCCUUGUCAUUUAUCCAGGCUCUGGUGCCGAGACGUACAAAGAGUCAUACAAUCCCGUCUCCACUCUCGCUGGUCUGCGUCAAGUCGUCAAAGAUCUCCUCAUCGUGGAUGAGUAUGCACUCCAGAACAAGACUUACUACACCAAGUACCUCGACAAGAUCCCUGCAAACACUUUACGCCAACAGCAAGGUCACACUUGUAUAGCUCCCGCGGAAGCCUACACGCGUGUUCAAAACAGCGAAGUCCCUCAGCUAUACACUGUAUUCCCUUGGCCCGAAUACGGUCUUGGUCUUCCCAACCUCACGCACGCCAUCAACACUUAUCUCUACGACACCGAGACUUUCUCAUUCCACGGUAACACUGGCUGGAAGCAGGAUGUCAUCUGGCUUGCGCGAAUGGGUUUUACAGCCAACGCGACUGCCAUGACGGAGGAACGUUAUGCGCCAAGUAAAGUCUGCAAGUUCCCGACCUUCAAGGGACCCAACUUCGAUUGGACACCUGAUCUCAAUCACUAUGGUUCUGCUGCUAUUGGGCUCCAGGAGCAGCUCAUUCAGACUUUUGUUGGAAACGACAUAAGGUUGCUUGCUGCGUGGCCCAAGACUUGGGACGCGCGCUUCAAGGUCUGGGCUCCUCAUAAUACCACGGUUGAGGGUACUGUGAAAGCUGGUAAGAUGGAGAAGCUCACGAUCGUGCCCAAAUCUCGUAAGAACGAUGUCAUUGUUGGUCAAGAUUAG